AUGACCUCACUUCCGUACUUGAGCCACGCUAUCUCGACCUCGCCUUGGACCCUGUCAACGCUUCGACCCGUACACCCAUCACGAUACGAUACCUUUCUGCCCACACUGACAUAUAUUGAAGAAGAACAACAAACCUCGGGCCAAUCCGGCCCCGGGCCGGUUCGGUCCCGUACCCUAAAAACAACAAUCAACGACAAGGCUCUCGAGCCUCUUCGGGGCAACAGUAGCAGCAACAACAACAGGAGGCUGCCCCGGCUGAAAAGAAUAGCCGAAACGCCAUCCAAAAGGUGGGCCGUCAAGGCCAAGGAUGAGGAUAACCUGGGCCUGAAAAUUGGACUAGCAUUCUGUUGGCCUAAGACUUAG